GUUGAGAACUGAACGACGAUGAUGAUGUCGAGUGGGAGAAUACUUUUGAUGGCGGCGGCGACGCUGCUGCUGCUUCAGAAUGCAAUGGCCGAGGAGCCCAUCUAUCGCUUGUGUGUGCCGCAGAUUUAUCUGGACGAUUGCCACAAGCUGCUGGCCGAUCCCUCGGAGGCGGGUAUACGCAUGGAGUGUGUGGCAGGACGCGAUCGUGUGGAUUGCCUCGAGAUGAUCGAGCAACGGAAGGCCGAUGUGCUGGCCAGUGAGCCGGAGGACAUGUACAUGGCAUAUCAUCGCAAGAACCAGGACUACCGCGUCAUUUCUGAGAUACGUACGCAGGAGGACAAGGAUGCUGAUUUUCGUUACGAGGGCAUCAUAUUGGUUAAGAAGACCUCCAAUAUACAUACGCUGCAGGAGCUGCGCGGCGCCAAGUCUUGUCACACGGGCUUUGGUCGCAAUGUGGGCUAUAAGAUACCCGUUACCAAGCUAAAGAACGCACAUGUGCUGAAGGUUACGGCCAAUCCAGAGAUUUCCGCCACCGAACGUGAGCUCAAGGCGCUCUCCGAGUUCUUCAGCCAGUCGUGUCUGGUCGGUACAUACUCCACCCUUGCCGAAACCGAUCGUCUGCUGAAGAAGAAAUAUUCGAAUCUGUGUGCGUUGUGCGAAAAUCCCGAGCAGUGCAACUAUCCUGAUAAAUAUUCUGGCUAUGACGGUGCCAUUCGAUGCCUGGACAAGGGCCAGGGCGAAGUGGCCUUCACUAAGGUGCAAUACAUCAAUAAGUACUUCGGCUUAAGAGGCAGCAAGGACGCACCUGAGGGUAACGCAGCGGACUUUGAAUAUUUGUGCGAGGAUGGUACACGCCGUCCCAUAACCAAUCCGGCCUGCUCCUGGGCUCAGCGUCCUUGGAGCGGUUAUAUAUCCAACGAGCAAGCAGUGCAUGGUGCCCAGGAGCUGAAGCAGCUGCAGACACGCCUGGAACGCUUCUUUACCAAUGGCCUGCACGCCCAGAAUAAGGAGGCCGCCGCCCAUUUGCUCAUCAACUCGAAUGCCGUUUACCACAGCAAGCCGGAGGCAAUCGAUCCCAAGGUUUAUCUGGAGCGUGCUGGCUACAAGGAUGUGAUUGAACGUGAUGGCAGUGCAAUUCGCAAGUUGCGCCAAUGCGUACAGACCGAUGUGGAGUUCGACAAGUGUGAGGGACUUAGGCGGGCCGCCUAUGCGAGAGACGUGCGUCCGGAACUGGAGUGCGUGCAGGCGACCGAUUGCAUUGAAGCCGUGAAGACUGACAAAGCGGAUCUGGCACUCGUGCCGGCUGUUGACUAUGAGGAUGCUCGUGAGCACAAGCUCCAGCCUGUGGUCUAUGAACAUUUGGCCGAUGACGAUGUCUACGUUGCAGUGGCGCCUCCUACGCUUACGCGGGAAGCUCUGCAAACGGUCCCCAUAAACUACGAUGCCAAAGAUGAGCGCGCGCGCAUAGCGUCCGCUUUCUUGAACAAGCGCCGGGGCAUAGACGUUUGCGGUCAAACUCCUAGUACUGAAGAGCAACUACUCGUUGUGCAUGCCCGCGAGCUUGAACAGCACAAGGACUGGCAGCUAGUGUGCGCCAAUUUCGAGCGCAAGCCCGUGACCGAGUUCCGUACCUGCAACAUUGAAGUCCAAUUGCCGAAGGCAGUGUUUGUGCGUGAUUCCAGCACACCUGUAGAGCAGGACACUGUCAAGCAUAUGUUCUCGCUUAUCUCGACCAAGUUUGGCGCCGCCGGCAAGCUUGUCGAUGUCUUUAAUCUGUUUGGACCCUAUCAGAACGGUCAGCUGAAUGUCCUAUUCGAUGACAAGGCCAUUGAUUUGCAGACUGAAAUAAAGGGUACUUACCGGAACGAGCACAUCUAUAACGAACUGACGUGCGAGGGCAACAAAAUUAUCAAGCACUAAGCCGAACAUUUUUGUCAAGGCUGUUUUGCAAUAAACUACUCCUUUUUUUUGUUUUGUCUAUCAUUAAACAUAUAAAUGAAAUUUUUUGUUAUACUGUGCCCCUCGUUGGGCUCCAGAUAUUAUUGAGGGCCAUGGACUUUUGCUAGGGCAACAAAAUUAUGACGCAGUAUAGCUGUUUUAAAAUAAACUACUCCUUUUUUUGUUUGUAUAUCUUA